AUGAGGAUUCCUACUAUCGCUCUUAUUGUUUUAGAAUUUAGGUUGUUGUGGAAGAAGAGGCUGCAUCAUUAUCUGCCAAACAUGAAGAUUGCCACAAGAGUUCUGAUAAUGUUUUGUGUGGCUGUAGGCAUCAUCUUCAUGUCUGUGUAUCAACCAGAACACUUUUUCGGCAUGGAGUAUGAAGUUCGUGUGAUCAAUGGCUUCUCCAACAACUCUUCGCUGCCUCUAGUCAUCUGGUGCAUAUCGCAGCAGGAUGGGGAUAUGGGCGGGCGUGCCCUCCAGGAGGGUGACGAUUUCGGAUGGAGGCUCAAGACCAAUAUCUGGGGCAAUUCCCAUUACUUGUGUACCCUGAAAUGGGAUGCCAAGAGGAGGAGUUUCGAUGCGUUUAAGGUUCCCAGAGACAGUCAGCGGUGUGCUCCUCUGAAGAAAUGUUCCUGGCUGGUGAAAGAGGAUGGGUUCUAUUUCAGCAGUGAUGAAGUCAACUGGAAGAAAGACUUCUCCUGGUACUGA